AUGGAGCAGCAAUCGAACCGGGCACAUCGGCCCUCGAAAGAGAAGAAGAAAUUCGAAGGCUCGAACCCGAAAGCUUUUGCGUUCUCCAAAACCGGAAAACUCAACAAGCAGAUUGCGCGAUCCCACGAUGUCAAGGAAAAGCGACUUCAUGUCCCGCAGGUCGAUCGUAUGCCCGAGGAGGCUCCUCCGACGGUCGUUGCCAUUGUUGGGCCCCCAGGUGUCGGCAAAACUACCCUUCUGAAAUCUCUGAUCCGUCGCUACACCAAACAAACCUUGAGUUCGCCUCAAGGCCCGUUAACUGUGGUCACCACCAAGCGCAAGCGCCUCACGUUCCUAGAAUGUCCGUCCGACUCUCUCGCAGCCAUGAUUGACGUGGCCAAAAUCGCCGAUAUUGUGUUGCUCAUGAUCGAUGGAAACUAUGGAUUUGAGAUGGAGACUAUGGAGUUCUUGAAUACUCUGUCUACCAGUGGUAUGCCGGGUAAUGUAUUCGGUAUCCUGACCCACCUUGAUCUCUUCAAGAAGCAGAGCACCCUACGCAUGACAAAGAAGCGGCUGAAGCACCGUUUUUGGAGUGAACUCUAUCAAGGCGCAAAGCUGUUCUAUCUGUCAGGCGUCAUCAACGGUCGAUACCCCGAUCGCGAAGUACACAACCUGUCUCGGUUCUUGUCCGUCAUGAAGAACCCGCGUCCCCUGAUCUGGCGUAAUUCCCACCCUUAUGCACUGGCCGAUCGCUUUUUGGACAUCACACCUCCAACCCAGAUUGAAGAGAAUCCCAAAUGUGACCGCACUGUUGCGCUGUACGGUUAUCUGCGAGGUACCAAUUUCCCUGCCCAGGGUGCACGGGUGCACGUUCCUGGCGUGGGAGAUUUAACAGUCUCCGGUAUUGAAGGACUGCCCGACCCAUCAGAAACUUCUUUUGCUCCUAUGUCUGAUGUUGGCGGUGUGUUGGUUGACAAGGAUGCCGUGUAUAUCGAUGUCAGGACCUCCAACUUUGAUCGGGGCUCCGAUGAUGAAGAAGAAGAUGAGGAUCGUGGCCUCGGCGAGCAGCUCGUCGUCGGACUCCAGGGUGAGCGGCGCCUUCUGGGCGAAGCCGAUCAGGGAGUGCGUCUCUUCCGUGGCGGUGAAGCAAUUGCUGCGACAGAUGGUAAUGAUGAAACCGGCCGCAAGCAUAAGCGUCAUGCUCGGGUCGCCGACGCUGAGCGUGAUGGGGAAGCUGCUUUUGAGGACAACGACGAGCUCGACAGCGAAGAAGAUGACACCGACCUUGCUGGUGAAGAGGAUGAGGAUGAUUUCAGUGGCGGUGAAGAUGAAGAUGAAGUUGACGUCUCUGCCCCAGCAGACUUUGAGACAAACUUCAAGAAGCGCCAAAAUGAAACCUCGGGCGAAGAAGGGGACGUUGCAUUCGCGGAUAGUGACUCGGACCUCGGCUCCAUCUCAUCAGUCGAAGACCAGGAUUUGGAAAGUGGUGAAGAUGAAGACGAAGAGGAUGAGGAGGAUGACGAUGAAGACGAGGAGGGAAAUGCCCGUUGGAAGAACAACAUGCUCGCCAACGCGAAGGCGCUCCAUGGAAAGCGGCCUGCCUUCCGUGUUAAUGAUCUCUCUCGAAUGAUGUACGACGAGUCAAUUACCCCUGCUGAGGUUGUGCAAAUAUGGCGCGGGGCUGAGGAUAACGACGAGGAGGAAGAGGAAGACAUCGAGGAAGAAGGUGAUGAUUUCUUCAAGAAGACAAACAACGAGAAGGCGGACCAAGCCGACUUCCGUGCUGUUCCCGACUAUGACUAUGAUGAGCUGGAACGUAAAUGGCGCGAUGAAGAGUUGAUCGAGUCCUUGCGCCGUCGUUUUGUCACGGCCAAGCUUGGCGGUGGUGGCUCAGAUGAUGAUUUCGAUGAUUUGGACGAUGAAGAUCUCGAAGGCUUAGAGGAUGACGAUGAUGAUGAAGGCGACGGCGCUUUUGAGGACCUAGAAACCGGCGAGGUCUUUGAUGGCUUCGAUAAUGAAGACGGAGACAAGGAUGAGGAUGAUGAAGAAAAAGAGCCAGAAGGACCUGUCGACUUAGAAGCGGAGCGUGAAAGAAACGCAAAAAGGAAAGAAGAGCUGAAACUGCGCUUUGAGGAAGAAGACAGAGAAGGUUUUGCGAAUGCCAAGGAUGGUAAACGUGAUAAUAUUGAAGGUGAAUUUGGCGAAGAUGACUGGUACGACCUGCAGAAGGCAAAGAUGCAGAAGCAACUCGACAUCAACCGCGCCGAAUUCGAAAACCUUGACCCUGCUUCUCGUGCCCGAGCCGAAGGCUACAAAGCUGGCACCUACGCCCGGAUCGUCCUUGAAAACGUCCCCUACGAGUUCGCCGCCAAGUUCAACCCUCGCUUCCCUGUCAUCGUUGGUGGUCUGGCUCCUACCGAAGAUCGCUUCGGAUAUGUGCAGAUUCGCAUCAAGCGACACCGUUGGCACAAGAAGAUUUUGAAGAGCAAUGACCCUUUAAUUUUCUCCUUGGGUUGGCGUCGUUUCCAGUCAUUGCCCAUGUACAGUACUUCUGACAGUCGAACUCGAAACCGUAUGCUCAAGUAUACUCCUGAGCAUAUGCACUGUACCGGUGUCUUCUACGGCCCAUUAGUGGCACCCAAUACUGGUUUCUGUGCUUUCCAGUCAUUCUCGAACAAGAACCCUGGAUUCCGCAUUGCUGCAACCGGUGUUGUUUUGAGCGUGGACGAGCACACCGAGAUCGUGAAGAAGUUGAAGCUCACCGGUGUUCCUUACAAGAUUUUCAAGAAUACCGCCUUCAUUAAGGACAUGUUCAACUCUUCCCUUGAAAUUGCCAAAUUUGAGGGUGCGUCGAUUCGCACCGUCUCUGGUAUUCGCGGUCAAAUUAAACGAGCUCUGAGCAAGCCGGAAGGCUACUUCCGUGCAACAUUCGAAGAUAAGAUCUUGAUGAGUGAUAUUGUCUUCCUGCGCGCAUGGUACCCCAUCAAGCCCCAUCGCUUCUAUAACCCAGUCACAAACCUGCUUGAUCUGGAGGAUGGCGGCACUGGCGACAGCGGAUGGCAGGGCAUGCGUUUGACAGGCGAAGUCCGCCGCGAGAAGGGUAUCCCUACGCCGAUGAUUAAGGACUCUGCGUACCACAAGAUCGAACGUCCUGAGCGUCACUUCAACCCCCUACGUGUGCCGAAGCAACUUGCAACAAACCUCCCUUAUAAGUCGCAGAUCACCCAGAUGAAGAAGACCAAGGAUAAGACGUAUAUGCAGAAGCGCGCAGUGGUUCUUGGUGGCGAGGAGAAGAAGGCCCGCGACCUGAUGCAGAAGCUGACCACAUUGCGCAACGAGAAACAGGCCAAGCGAGCAGCCAAGCAGGAAGAACGCCGUAAGGUUUAUCGUGCCAAGGUGGCAGAUAGUCUGGAGAAGAAGGAGGCUCGUGAGAAGAGGGAGCGUGACGACUAUUGGCGUCGCGAAGGCAAGAAGCGAAAGAAUACCGAUGGAGAGUCUGGUGGCGGUGGAAAGAAGCGCAGGUGA